AUGACGGCUGAAAGUCAAGAAGAUGAGGUGAAAAAAGUGCGGCAUUCUGCUCUUUGACAAUUUGAUAUUUUCUUAUUGCAGAUUCAAAUGAAAGAUGACCCAGCGGUGGAAGUAGAUCUGAAGAUUCCGGAGGGCUUUCACAAAGAGUUCGAGCCAUAUCCACGACCCGAAACUCGCAGAGAAAACCGGUGGAGCAGUAGUUUCUUUGAAAGAAAAGUGGGUAGAGCGAAAAUAAGCGGUGGAGCGUAGUUGAAACAUGUUCCAGAAGCCCUACGAUCGUCCGUCGACUAAGAACAAACGAAGGAAGAAUGAGAAAAAGGUUGGAAAUUGAGUGAAGCGAGAGAAUUGGAUACUGCUUUCAGUUGAAGAGAAACAAGGAAGUGGAAGGUGUCGAAGCGAUUCUGAAGCGUCUUGAAUUGAGAGAUAAGACAAAAGAAACCUUGGUGAGUUCGAAAAAGGAUAAAUAUGUCAAAAACAGAAUAAAAUCUACAGAAUGAAGCUGUUGAGAGUGAGCGUGAGAGUGAAGAAGCAGAGCAGAAGAAGAAGAAGAGGGAGAAAACAGAGGGAACGGAUUGA